GAGGCCGCUGCCGUUCCGGAACCCUUCUGUGCCCCGCCGGCCGGCCAGGAUGCUGUGGCGCGACCGUCUCCUCACCCUCACCUUCCCCCCGGAGGGCAUAAUGACCACCGUCUCCCUGUUGUUCUUCAUGGUCCACCUGGGCAUCUUCAUAAACGACCUCAACCACUUCUUUAACACCUACCUCUUCGACCAGAUGAGCUUUCGCUACACGGUGACGCUGCUGUUUUCGCAGGUGAUGAGCUUCCUGUGGGCGGCCAUGGGGUCGCUCUACGCCGAGAUGAUGAAGAAAAACUUCCUGCGCUUCCUCUCUCUCGUCUCCCUGGUACUCAACACCCUGAUGUUCUUCCUCCGCUUGAUCCUGGAACUCUUCACCAUGGACUACCGGGAGGAGCAGCACUGAACGGGGGGACGAGGCCGGGCCUCGGCCCCCCCAAACCCCGGGGUCCUCUCCGCCCGGACCGAGUGGGGGCAGGCCGGAGUGGGGAGGGAGGAAGGGAGGCGACAGAGGAUGCCGGUUUUAUUAAAGUCCGUCGUUUAUUUCCCAC